AUUGUCAAAUAGAAAGCACCAUUCCAUGACAAAAGGCCCAUGGUUUUCAACAUUUGAUAUAUUUUAUCUCUUCCAAAUAUAUCAAAAAUAUAUAUCAUAAUAAGAACUCAUCUUUCUCCCAAACUUCUCUAGCAUUUCAUCUCCAAAAUGCUCAUUCUCUCUUCAUGAAUAUUACUUUUUAUUUUUCACUUUUACAACUCUUACUCAAAAUAUCAAUGAACCUCUUUCAUUUUGACACAAUCUACUCAAUUUAUUAAAGAUCACAACCACAAAAAAGAGAGAGAAAAAAAACAUUUGAAAGUUUCCCUUUUAAGUAAGUUUUUGAAAGUUGAAAAGGGCUUAUAAAUUGAGUGGUGACAUAGAAGAUUUGGUGUUAACAUAUGAAGGAAGAUAUUGGAGGUAUAUCUAUGAAAAUGGAGGGUAGUUUAGUAGAAAAAAAUGAAGAAAGAGUUAGAAAUGUUGAAAAAGUUGGUUAUAUGAAAAGGGUCAUUGUCAAAAAGAGGAAACCUUAUCAUAGUAACAAGGUUAAGAAGCCAAUGUCUAAUAAGGCACUUCAGAAAUUAUUUGUCUCAUGCAAGGAAACAUUCAAAGGACCUAACACUGUCCCUUCACCACAAAAUGUUCACAAACUAUGUCACAUUCUUGACAACAUGAAGCCAGAAGAUGUUGGACUAAGUAAAGAUUUGCAGUUCUUCAAACCUGAAAGCAUUUUCAGAGAGAAUCCAAGGGUCACAUAUACAACCAUAUACAAAUGUGAUAAUUUUUCACUAUGUAUUUUUUUCCUACCUUCAAAAGGAGUCAUUCCUCUUCAUAACCACCCAGGAAUGACUGUUUUCAGUAAGCUUUUGUUGGGACAAAUGCACAUUAAGUCUUAUGAUUGGGUUGAUCCUGAUGUCUCUCACAAUUUGUUGAAGCAACCAUCUCAAUUGAGGUUGGCAAAGUUAAAAGCAAAUAAAGUGUUCACAUCACCAUGUGACACUUCAGUGUUGUAUCCAAAAACUGGAGGCAAUAUCCAUGAAUUCACAGCCAUAACUCCAUGUGCUGUUCUUGAUGUCAUUGGACCUCCUUAUUCCAAAGAUGAUGGCAGAGAUUGUUCUUACUAUAGAGAUCACCUUUACACUGCUUUUCCUAAUGGAGAAAUUGCUGAGUUGAAAGAAGAAAAUGAAAGUUAUGGAUGGUUGGAAGAAAUAGAGAUGCCAGAAAACUCUCAAAUGGAUGGGAUUGAAUAUUUGGGUCCUCCAAUUAUAGAGACUUCCCUAUAAGAUGUAUUCCAUAGCACACACACUUAGGUCUCUUUAAUUACUAUGCACAAUACAAACAUAUAAACACAUUGCAUUUGUUGGUUUCUUUUCUCUAAUGUUUAGAAGUUUAAUAAUCAUAUAAUAAUAUGCGCACAGUAUACACAUGUUUUAUACAAACGUCUAAUUAUAUUUCA